CAAAAAUCUGUAAAAAUGGAAUCUGUUCAUAAUGAAUUUUGCCAAAAAGUAAACCAAGCUUUCAAAAGAAUCCCCAGUACUUUGCCUAAUUUCACCUUACAUGCAGUGAAGUACUUUCUUUGGAACUUUGAUAACCCUCAGAAAUCUUACAAAAUAGUUCAUGUGGCUGGGACUAAUGGAAAAGGAUCCGUCUCGAUUAAAACUGCAGCUUUGCUUAGAAAGUCUGGAUAUAAGGUUGGCCUCUUUACUUCUCCACAUAUCUCCAGUGUCAGGGAAAGAAUCAGGUUAAAUCUAGAGCUGAUUCCUGAAGAAGAAUUUAUCAAAUAUUAUGAUAUCUGAGAGAAAUUUGAAACAGAGUUAGAAAUCACACUUGGAUUUUUCCAAGUGACACUCUGAAUGGCAUUACUUUACUUCCAACAAGAAAACUGAGAUUAUGUUAUUCUAGAGUGAGGUAUCGGAGGGUUGUCCUCUUCUACUAAUGUGGUCGAUUCAGAUUUUGCAGUCAUUACAUCAAUAGGACUUGACCAUAAAAAUGUACUUGGAGUAACAGAAAAGCAUAUAUGAAGGGAUAAAGCAGGAAUUAUUAGACAGAACAUACCUUUUGUAGUGGGACCGACUAUUCCUUUAGAUAUAAUAGAGCCAAUAUGAAAGAUCCAUAAUUCUAAAUUAGUGGUUGUUGAUGAGAAGAAUGAAAAUUUUGUAACAUUGAAUCAAAGUAUUUCCUAUGCUCUUUACAAGGAAAUCAUAGAAGUUGCAGAAGAGGUUCCUCAUGAGUUGAAUCAAGAAGAAAUUGACUUGGCCUUGGAUGUUAAUCUGCCAUGUAGAAUGGAUCUAAUCCCAAUUGAGAAUGUCAAAGAUUUAGCUCCUGGACUUGAUUUUUAUCCUAAAGCUUCAUAUAUGGAUGUUGCACACAACUCACCUGCAUUUAAAAGUCUGUUCAAGACUGUACUUUCAAUUUAUAAGGACUUUGAAGACUUAGUGAUCUAUGUCAUUUGUACAUUCAGUAAAGAUAAAGAAAUUUCUGAGUCUCUAAAAGCUCUUUGAAAAGGGGCUAAUGAUAUUAGAAUAGUAGUGAUAAAACACUUUAAACUGAUUAAAGAAGAUGCAGCUAUAGGAUAUAUCUCACAGGCUAAAUCAUCAGAGUCACCUGACACUGAAAAGAUCAACGAUCUCUAUGAAAAAGGAGACUUAAAAGAAAAUGUGAUAGCUACAUUAAAUAAGAUUAAUGAGUUAAAGCAUGAAAAUGCUAUUCUCCUUCAUUGAGGAUCUGUAUUCUUGAUGGAAUUUAUAAAAGACUUGUAUAAAGUUCCUCAAGAGAAAGAUCUGGAGAAUUUAAACAGUCAAGUUUAAUUAUUGUACUUACUCUUCAAUA